AUGGGUGUCCGCUCUGGAUACAUGAUUCCAACCUCCUUCACCUCGUAUUUGGUCCGUGUCCGACAACUCUCGAUCUUGGUUCCUUUCUUAAUGGUGCCGUCCACCAUGUUAACCAGCAAAAUCACGCCAACGUACGGGUCGUACCAGGAAUCGACGAUCUGCGCACGCAACGACGCGCUGGAAUCGCAGUGCAUCGGCGGGUCGAUCUUCUCAAUGAUCGACGGUAGCAGGUACUCCACGUUGAGCCCCGUUUUCGCGCUCACGUGCACGACGUCACGUGCCGGGAGCUCGAACGUGGACUCGAUCUGUUCCUCGGCGCGCGGCACGUUCGCGGUGUCCAGAUCGAUCUUGUUAAUCACAGGCAGCAGCUUGAGGUCCAUGGAGUAG